ACCGGAUUCGUCACAACAGCGGACACUUGGGCAGCUGUCGAGGGGCAUAAUAUCCGAUGGCCGGCGACAACAACGUGUGCUCAGGUGUGUCCGAGGCAGCGGAGAAGGAUCUGUAUGCUGUUCUGGGAGCCAGCCCUUCAGAUUCAUUUCACGAGCUCAGACACAGAUAUCAGAAGCUCGCCUUGCAGUGCCACCCAGAUCGUCUUGGAGACGUGUGUGAUUCAGAAGCAGAGUCCGGCAUGAGGAUGUUUCUUGAAAUUGAUGCGGCCUGGAGAAUCCUGAGUGAUCACAGCGCCAGGAGACAAUAUGACCAAGAGAGGAGAGCUCAGCAACUGAAACAGGAUUGGCUCGUUGACUCGACAGUGUCCGUAGAAGACAUGACCUGGAACGAGGAGGGGUGCGUGUAUACAUACUGCUGCCGCUGUGGCGGGCAAUUCAGCAUUACGCAAGAGGAGAUGGAGGCGGAGAUGCAAUGGAGGCAAGGCGCUAAUGAAGAAGAGGAAGCAGUAGAGGGCCAUCAUGUGGUUGUGUGCUGUAACACGUGUUCCCUCAGUGUGUAUGUGACAUAUCCAUUGCAUAGCAAGGCUUCACGCUUCCAAGCCUUGAAUUGAAAGUGUGUAAACAUACAGAGUCGGGGUGUGUGUGCGCGUGUCACAGUGCUGCUUUGUCAAUAAACUUCAAAUGCUUUCAGGACGCUGCAGCAGGGAUGUACAAAGUGGGGCAUGGGGGCCAUUUGUGGCCUGUGAAUGUUUUUUUUAUUGGCCCUCAGGACAUUGUAAAAAUAUCAUUUAACAAGAAAACAAGAAGGAAAAAAACAGCAAAAAUGACACAUUCAGCUGUAAAUUUAUGUAUAGUACUUUAUUUAUCCCACAGCGGGGAAAUUCACUCGUUACAGCAGCAAGCAAGGAAGAUAUGCAAGUAAAGAAUACAUAGUGACAUAGUGACUACAACAUGGUUCAGGUGGUGCAGGUGUUGUAGAGCCUGAUAGAGGUCGGUAUGAAGGACCUGCGGAACCUCUCCUUCUUACACCGUGGGUGUAACAGUCUGCUGCUGAAGGAGCUGCUAAGGGAACCCACAGUGUCAUGUAGCGGGUGAGAGGUGUUGUCCAUGAUGGAUGUCAGCUUAGCCAACAUCCUUCUCUCCCCCACUUCCUCCACGGAGUCCAGAGGACCGUCCAGGACAGAGCUCGCUCUCCUGAUCAGCCUAUUGAUCCUGCUCCUGUCCCUGUCCGUGCUGAGCCGUUUACAAGAAUAAACUCAAAAUAUUAAGAAAAAAAAGUGAAAUAUGCGAAACAAACAAAACAACGAGCAAAGUUGUCAUUUUUUAAAAUGAUGUCAUGAAAAUAAAGCCAAAAUAUUAUGGGAAGAAAAUCAUAAUUAUGAGAAGAAAGUUGGCAUGGCAGAAAUGGUAAAAACAGCUGCAGUUUUACCAGAAUAAAGUCCAAAUAUUAAGAAAGAAAUGUUGUAUUCUAUUCUGAAAUCAUGUCACAAUUUUAUGAUUUUACAAUUAUGAGGGAAAAAAUGUCAUUUAAGUAGCAUAGAGCUGAAAUAUUAAAGACAAAAUACAGAAAAAAACAGAAACAAAACAAAAUAAAGAUGCAAUUUGGAAAAUUAGAUGAAAAAAUCGUGGUGAGAUAUUUUAAUCAUCGACCGCCUUAAACUACAUAACAGA